AUGCCGCCUCCUCCACCCAAGUGGAAGGGACGUUGCGACUUAGGGAACGAGUCGUCAUCGACCGAGCAGUUCUGUAACAAUAAGCUCAUCGGCGCCCGAUCCUUCGUCAACUAUAAUCGGUCCCGGAACGGAUCGACGGAUUCGCCUAUUGAUAACGAUGGCCACGGUACUCACACGUCUAGCACCGCCGGUGGCGCAUUCGUGAAGCGCGCUAUUGUGUACGGGCUAGCCAGGGGAGUGGCCGCUGGAGUGGCCCCCCUUGCGCAUCUCGCCAUUUAUAAGGUUUGCGCGAAUGAUGAGUGUCAGGCGCACGACAUACUCGCUGGGAUGGACGCCGCAGUGGAGGACGGUGUGGAUGUGCUUUCAAUCUCGCUCGGUAGUGACCCUAGUCCAUUCUACCGCGACCCAAUUGCGAUUGGCGGUUUUAACGCCAUGCGCAAGGGAGUCUUCCUUGGCGACGGCAGCGAAUUCCACGGCGAGAGCAUCUACCAGCCGCAGGGAUUCUCAUCGAAGAAGUAUCCUCUUAUGCUCCCUGGCGGCGCUUCCACCUUAUGUCUCAACGGUUCCCUUAACGGUAUCGAUGUGAAGGGAAAGAUUGUGCUCUGUGACCGCGGCAUCAACGGGCGGAUCGAGAAGGGGGAAGUCGUCAAGCAAGCCGGUGGCGCCGGCAUGGUGCUUGUCAAUGCACCGAAAGACGGCUACAGCACUAUCGCCGAUCUCCACGUACUGCCGGCGUCGCACAUUCCCUAUGCCUUUGGACAUAACAUCAAGGCUUACAUCAACUCAUCCUCCCUCCCGACGGCCACCAUUGUCUUCAAAGGCACCAUUACCCAUGUGCCCCACUCUUCGGCGAUAACUUUCUCCUCCUCUCGUGGGCCUAGCCAAAAUACACCGGGGAUCCUCAAGCCCGACAUCACCGGCCCUGGUGUCAGCGUCCUUGCUGCUUGGAACACACAAAAAUUCAAUGUCAUCCCCGGCACCACCAUGUCCUGCCCCCAUCUCUCCGGCAUCGCCGCCCUUAUCAUGAAAGCCCAUCUCGACUGGUCGCCCGCAGCUAUCAAAUCUGCCAUAAUGACGACGACCUACGUAAAAGAUAACACCAACAACCCCAUCUUUGACGAGAGGAACCUUCCAGCCGACCUCUUCGCAGUGGGAGCCGGCCACGUCAUGCCUCUAAAAGUCCUUGACCCGGGACUCAUCUACGACAUCUCUCCGACGGACAAUUAUCCAUAUCUUUGCGGCCUUGGCUACAGUGUCUCCGACGUGAGAAUCAUCGUCCACCGCAAAAUCAACUGCUCGUCGAUCAAGAGCAUCCCAGAAGGAGAGCUCAACUAUCCUUCCAUCACCGUCCGACUGCCGAGGAAUGAGGCAAGGACGGUGACCUUCACAAGGACCGUGACCAACGUCGGCAAGGCAGCAGCGACUUACUAUGCAAAGUUAGACGUGCCCGACGUGGUUUCGGCACGUCUAGUUCCGAGAAGCUUAACCUUCGAGAAGGUUAAUGAAAAGAAGAGCUUCAAGAUUAGUUUCAAGCGAAGGAGUGACUAUGGGGCGUCGUCACCGACUGUUGAAGGGCAAUUGAUGUGGGUUUCCCAGGCGAGGAGUGUGGUCAGAAUUCCAAUCUCCAUCAUCUUGGAGUGA